AUGGCAUAUCCAGAAAAAAUGGCGCAAAUGUCAUCACAUCCUGAUUUAACUGAAAGUCAACAGUUGAAUCUCAACCAAAGCACCAAGUGGAAGGAAAAUCCCAUGUUCCAAACCCUAAUUAUUACAUCUGAAGGUGCCUUCCAAGUAUAUAGUGGUCAUGGUACUAUGCAAAGUUAUUUUGAGAAUGCUUACUUCUGGUCGUGUGGUGAAUCUACAAAUUUUGCUGUCUCCCUCCUUAAGUAUACUAUUGAAGUCAAUAAGAUUCUGUCUAUUGUUAAAAAAAACAGCAAUCUUUUUCUCAGAUAUAAUUUAUCUGUUUCUUCCUACCUUUCUGAGAUUGUUUAUGAUACUCUUGUUGGUAUCCAGUCUCAACUGUGGCUCAACACAUUCUUUGUUGAAAGAUUUAAGAUAAGACUUCCCAGAGGUGGGUUAAUGAAAAUGGUUAUUUGCUUACUGAAUUCGUAUUCUGACGACACUUCUGAGAACUCUUCAAAGCAAUACAACAAGUAUAACAGCUAUCUCACGCACUUUGCCGUGAUGCCUCUUGAGGUGAGAAAUAAUCAAGAGAAUGCAAUGUUCAUUUCCACCUCAAAUCAUAUGUUGAAUGCUGUUGAGAUGCUGCCCCCAAUUGUUGAUGAUUUUGUGAAAUUGGAGAAAGGAAUUGUGAUAUACUCCAAUGAUUAUGAUGAAGAUUUUCUGAUUGUUGCUUCUCUGUUGUUGUUUAUGGGUGAUAAUCCUUGGCAAUUGCAACUUGCUAUGCACAGUGGAACAUUGGGAAAGCAUUUCUGCAGGAAAUAUUCAGAAUUAUAUAAGCAUGGGUGUGACCUAAACUAUAGUAAGAACAGCAGCAAUGAAUUUCUCAGACUUGAAGCAUUUGAUGCAACAAAAUAUAUGCCCAUUGAAAUUCUUCACAUCAUCCCGCUUGGCUUAUCACAGUAUCUGGUCACUUGCCUCCUUAAGUUCUCAAGAAUGUCAACAGCAGAAAUGGCAAGGCUUGAGUCAGCCAUGAGUUCUUACAGAGUCUGCAAGAGUUAUAGCAGAAGAUUCAGAAAUCAGCUUUGUCAUAAUGCUGAUGCAAGUUCUCUCAAAUGUUAUGAUAGAGCUUUUUCUGGAAAUAGCAAAUUCGAACUUCUCACUAAGACUCUCCAUGUAGUUGCUAAAUUGUCAUCUUUAUUGUACAUGCGUGGAAUAAGUAAAGACUUUGAUUAUUACAUUGUCCUGAUAAAACAUACUGUUAAUGAAGUGACAAAUCCACUUCUUGCAUUGGACAUACAUAUUGAAAAGAGUAACUAUACCAAGCAGGAUCUAAUCUUCAAGCCCAAAGUUUACCUUCUCUAUCAUAUAGCCAAAGACAUUGUUUGUUUCGGAUCAGUUCUUCAAUACAAGACAGAGAACAGCAAACAAUUUAAUAAGUUCAUCUGUGAGCAUCUUUUCCAAACUAAUAUACAAUCAACUUCUCGAGAUGUUGCUCUCAGAUUUGGAAAACAGUUCAUUUGCUGUUAUUUGUGUAAUAAUGGAUAUUACAAUGCAAUGAUGAACAUGAAUGGAACAAGUCAGCAAGUGAGAUGCACUGCUGGAAAAUAUGUACAGGAACUAUAUGCAUCUUCUGAAUUUAGAAGGCACUUCUUUAGAUCACAGCCUAAUACUGACAAUUUCAGUUUGCUGACACCCACUUUGUGCAAUACACUUUUAGGUGUUUUUCAAGCAAAUGGUCAAAUCUUUUUUGGUCAGGUCAAAACAAUUUCCAUGCAAGACAUUAUAAAUAAUUUUGUUAAAAAACAAUAUAUGCAAAAGUAUCAAAUGAUAUCUAGCAAUAGUAUUGAAUGCAUAUAUAUUCCUCCUGUAAUAACUGCUAAUAUGCAUAACAUUGUUGUUGUUCCUUUUGGCUAUCUCCUGGAGAUUCGUAAAGAAUAA